AUGGAUCCAAACGAUCCGGAUCGGCACCUGCGUAAGGUUUACCAGGUCGUAGGAGUGUCCUCCGUAAUCGACGGCGUUGCCCAGCUAGUGCGGCGAAGACGCGGCAGUCCUCCGAAAAUCACGAAAGAGCAAGAGCUGCAGCAGCACCUGGAACGGGCUCGGGAAGCUCGUGCGGGUCGGUUGAAUGCGAUCGGUCCGAAGCAUCGGUUUGUGCUGGAAACGGCCGCGCACAUUUUAAAUCUCGAACAAGAAGUACUGAUCGAUUGUACGGCCGACAAGAAUGAGUACGUUGAUCUACUGGAACGGAUGUUCGAGUCCGAUGGGAGUAAAUCGGUGCUGAUGUUCUACGGACAGUAUGAUGCUCCCGGCAAGGAAUCAGGUCGGUAUAACCCGAAACAGAAAAGACAGAAGUUGAUGCAGUCGGUUGUAACCACCGGAAGUGAUGAGAAGGUAACGGAUGUUUGCGUUGGUGCCUACAGGCAUAGCAACGCCAAAACGAUUGAUAUAAAAAAUUUGGGAGAGGAUGUAUUUUUUAUAACAAUUUCAAUCCCCGAAAGUUGCUCUAUUAUUUAUACGUUGACUUCACUAUCGGAAAAUGUUAUUAAACCGUCACUGGACAGCAUCAAAGAUUACGGCUUCUGCACGGAUUUACAAAAAAGCUACUUUUACCAUGGCGUAGAAACCUUCAUAAAGUUUCUCAAAAGUACGGAGCAGGACAUUUCCGAACGAAUCAUGUUUGAGGUGGACCACAACCUGUACAAGGGUUUCCUCUUGACGCAGAUUCAAAUCAAGGAAUCCUCUCGGGAUCGCGACAAGGUGUACACAGCCGAACGUGCCUUCGCCCGUUGGAUGCGCCAAGUCCAGUUUGCACUGACCCAGGGCGACCAGAUACGACGUGAUCCCUAUGAUGUGGGACCGCUGCACGAGUUGGAGUACUGGCGCAGUAUGCUUACUAAGUACACGUCGAUUGCGGAGUUCAUCGAGUCUCGGCCUUUCUUGAAUUAUCAACUUUGCUUGAAAUUGUCUCGUUCCAAGUUGUUAAAGAAAUGGCAUGUUAUGGACAAGGAGGUAACCAGCAAGUUGAACGAAUGUCGAGACAACGUAAAAUAUAUAAGCGCGAUUGAGCGAUUCUGGGAUCCACUCUAUCGUUGUGAUCCAGAAGAAGUCGCAAUACACAUUGCUAGCUUGUUGACCAUCAUAAGACAAGUGUACAAAACAUCAAACUUUUAUAAUACGUCAGAACGGAUUACCGGACUACUUUCCAAAGUCACGAACCAGAUCAUAAUGAACUGUCAGCAGUACCUAACUUGUCGCCGGAAGAAGACAAUCUAUGAGCAAAAGAGGGAAGAUGUUCUGGAGAAAAUUCGAGUGUGUAAAGAUCUGGACAUGGUGUACAGGUUUCACUAUUAUAAAACUGUAAAUGAUAUGGAGGAAAGUCCCGACGAAACCCCAUGGGAAUGCUCCGAUAUGUAUAUUUUCGGGAAAAUGGACACAUUCAACGUGCGGCUUGAUAAGAUACAGAACAUUAUGGAAUUAUUCAUCAAGUAUGAAGUCAUUGAUCGCGUAGGUAUUUCCGGGACGGAAGUUUUCUCGAAUCGCAUCAAAAAAGCAUACGAUGUAAUCGCAGCGAAAACCUACGACCCGCUGGUGCAUCGACAGCAUCAGUUCGACGAUGAUAAUGAAAUUUUCCUAAAAGAAGUCGAAGCAGCGGAACUUGGGCUGCAAAAAUUUGCCAAAGAAAUGCUGUCGGACAUUCCAACCAUCGAAAGUCGACUUUUGGUGCUGAAUCGCUUCGAGAAACUUCAGUUGGAUUGCUUGUGUUUGGACCGACGUUAUCUCGAUAUUGCCGUUAUGUUGGAAAAGCAAAUAUUUGAAACAAAAGAUUAUUACAACGAAAAUCGCGCCCAGCCUCCGAUUAUUUGGUGCGUUCCGAACAGCGUUGGUCGCAUCAUGUGGGCCCGAUUUUUAUCUCGCAAAAUGGAUGACACAAUCAAGGUAAUCAAGACGCGAGGUUGCGUUAUUCAGAACAAGAAAGCACAACUUUGCGUGAAAUAUUAUAACUUUUUGUGUGAAGUGCUGCUGCACUACGAAAUGCUUCACCAUCGAGCCUGGUGGGACUAUGUCGAACAAGCGAAAGAAAAGCUAGAGGCCCCAAUUUACCGCAAAAAUAUCGAAACGAAUUGGCUGGAGGUCAAUUUCCAUCCUUAUCUGCGGCAGGUUAUCAAAGAAACGGAAACGGUCCUAAAAUGGGGCCUCGCGGCACCGGACCUCGGGGUGCUGCUGGUGCUACAAAAAGAUAAUUUGUUCAAUGCAUUCGAGCGAGUGAAAGAUUUGUUGGCGCGCAACAAUAAGUUGAGGUUGAGCAUACCGCAGAUAUUCCUACCGCUUAUGAGAACAAUGCUAAUCAAGCUGGAGGAUGUGUUUCUUCCUGGGCUGACCGUAAUAACUUGGAUGUCUAUGAAUUUAAAGGAGUAUUUAGAUAAAGUUGAAAAGGUGAUCAAACGAGUGGAAAUUUUCGUCAAGGAUGUCAAUGAUAUACGAGAUGCUAGAAUUGAAGAUAUUUUGUAUUCUUUUGCCAACACAGACCUCCUCGUUCUUCCUGUGGAACCGGUAACACCAUCGAAGUUCACAGAUAUGAACAUUAAAUACAGGCAAACGAUAGAAAAAUAUCUAGCGAAAAAGUCACAAGCUAUGGAGAAGGCUACGAUUGAGCUGAUCAAUAAAUUCGUAGAAAACAUCGAUGUUGCAGAUUAUGACGAAAAGGGAAAUCGAAAGUUUCAACUUCCGCUGGAGAAGCACACGGGAGAAAACCGUCGUCGAGAGGAGGCUCUUCCCAUCGACAAAUACGAUUGGGUCAGUUUCGAUAAAAUUUAUAAAGCGCUCGCCUAUCCAUCACCGGAAGCCCACCGAAAAGCCUUAUUUCAAGACUAUACCGGCUUGAACUACGACGUCACGCUGCUUCACAUCGACAGUAUGGAGCUUUUCGCAUAUUUCAACCAUCGAAUCAUAGCUAUAUUCGUACGAAUGGUUAAAGCAUCUCUGGAAAAACUACGACAACGCAUUAAAUUAGUGAACCUUCAAAUGAACAAAGCUGCUGCCAUGCGGGAAAUAAAUCCACUGCUAAUAACCGAGAUGGUACUUGAGGAGGAGGCCUGCGCCAUAGUGCCCUCCCUGGAAGGAAUCCAAAGUAGCUUCCAGCGGGUGAUUAUGAAUGUCGUGGAGACUUUCUAUGCCGUGUCGACCUGGGGCCGGCAAGCGAAAACUGAAGCCCGUAAACUCCGACGCCCGGUACUGGACGAAGUUCGACACGAACGAUCAUGGUUUAAAGCCAUAUCUACUCACAAGGAAGUAUCGCGAUUUAUUCAUGAAUUUGACGGGGGAUUGUUGCUAGUGCAACCGGAUAUUGACCUACAGUUGACUGUUAUGUACAAUCAUUACGAAUAUUUGUGGAAGAACGACCUGUUUGGAGUGUCUCUGGAACUAAAGCCAGCACUGUUUGAAAAGAUUCAACUCGACCUGGACUCAAUCGUGUUCGCUACCCAAGUGGGCCCAAUCGUAAUUCAGUUGAAUCAAGUCAUUAAAGCCGUUCUGAUGAAGUUGCUAGACUUCUACAAAAAGAGAAUUUCGGAAAUUACCAACUUUAUCACGGAACACGAUUCGGUAUUGAAGCGAACAUUAAAAGAUCUAGAUGAUAUCAAAAUGGCAAUGGAGUGUCUGAAGUUGGUGCAGGAUAAUUUCACCUUCAUCGAUGUAGACCUGGGAUUCAUCGAGUCAACUUAUAACCUACUGGCAGAGUUUGAUUUGGGAAUAACCAAAGAGGACAUUGACCACGUGUACGGCUUACGGGACAGUUUCAAGGGAAUGGGCAAAAAAGUUGAACAAGUGGAAAACGAUAUCAUCGCACUUCAGGUACCGUUGCAGCGUGAACUUGCCGAAGGGGUGGCCGAAUUUGUCGAAGAAAUCACUGAGUUUGAUAGUGAGUUCGAAACCAAAGGUCCCAUGGAGGAGGGUAUUUCCGCCAAAGAAGCUAGCGAUAGAGUACUCAUGUUCCAAGGACGGUUCGAUGAGCUGUGGCGUAAGUUUGAGAUGUACGCCAGCGGGGAAGCGUUUUUGGGUCUUAAGGUCAACGACUACCCAAUUCUUCAUAAGCGCAAGAAGGAGUUUAAUCUGCUCAACAAAUUGUAUUCCCUGUAUUUGCAAGUAAUGCGCAGUAUUGACGAGUAUUAUGACACCCCUUGGGCUGAUGUGGAUAUCGAGAAGAUUAAUACGGAAUUGACGGACUUCCAGAAUCGCUGCAGAAAACUGCCGAAAGCAAUGAAGGAUUGGUUGGCUUACAUCGAUCUGAAGAAAAAGAUCGACGAUUUCAACGACAGCUGCCCUCUGCUGGAGUUGAUGUGUAACAAUGCUAUGAAAGACCGCCAUUGGGAGAAACUGGAGAAACUUUUGGGCUGCAAGCUAGAAGUAGAGUCGCCUGAUUUCACGCUAGGUAACGUCAUGGAAGCUCCACUACUUGAGAACAAGGACGAUAUCGAAGAUAUUUGCAUAGGAGCCGUAAAAGAAAAUGAUAUUGACAUCAAGUUACGACAGGUAAUAGCUGAGUGGUCAGUCGUAAGUUUGCAGUUUGCCAAUUUCAAGAAUCGUGGUGAACUGCUGAUCAAACCUACGGAGACAAUUGAAGUGAUAUCCCUACUGGAAGACAGCAUAAUGAUCGUCAACUCGCUGGCUUCUAAUCGGUUUAAUGCGCACUUCAAGAAAGAAAUUAUGGUUUGGCUACAUAAACUCGUCAAUACGGGUGAGAUCCUGGAGAAGUGGUUGCAAGUGCAAAACUUAUGGAUCUAUCUGGAAGCUGUUUUUGUCGGUGGCGACAUAUCUAAGCAGCUUCCGCAGGAUGCUAAGCGUUUCGCCGGUAUUGACAAGACCUGGGUUCGCAUAAUGUACAGAGCCAGAGAUAAUCCAAAUGCCGUGGAAUGCUGCACUGGAGAAGACACCAUGGCGUACACUUUGACCGCUUUACUACAACAGUUGGAGUCGUGUCAGAAAUCGCUAACAGGUUACCUGGAAUCCAAGCGGCUGUUGUUCCCGCGAUUCUUCUUUAUCUCAGAUCCAGUGUUGCUGGAGAUUCUAGGUCAAAGCUCGGAUCCGACGUCGAUACAGGCUCAUCUGCUGAGUAUUUUCGAUGCUGUAGCAAAGGUGGAGUUCGAAGAGAAAACCUUUGGAAAGAUCAUAUCUUUAUUUUCGGAUAACAGAGAAAAAGUUCCACUUAACCGACCGGUCUUCUGUACAGGUGGUGUCGAGUUGUGGCUCAAUCGACUGCUGGUAGAAAUGCAGGAUACUAUUCGGGACAUCCUUGCAACCAUGGCGCAGUGUCUUGCAAGUCCAGACUUUGAUUUUAUCAGUGGUUUUCAAGGGUUCUGCGGUCAAGCAGGGUUAGUGGGGGUUCAGCUUCUGUGGACGCGUGAUGCUGAAAUCGCUCUUCGCAAGUGUCGUACGGAUAAAAACAUAAUGCGUAAAACGAAUCAACGAUUUUUGGAUCUGCUCAAUAGUUUGAUCGAGUUAACGGUCAAAGAUCUUACGAAAUUAGAACGCAUUCGUUUCGAGACCAUGGUAACCAUCCACGUGCAUCAGCGGGAUAUUUUCGAUGAUUUGGUGAGGUUCAAGAUUCGGACGCCAUUGGACUUUGAAUGGCAAAAACAGGCACGGUUCUAUUACAUCGAAGAGACGGAUGAUGUGAUCGUAAAAAUCACCGACGUUGAUUUUAUCUACCAAAACGAAUAUCUGGGAGUAACCGAACGUCUAGCGAUCACACCGCUAACGGAUCGGUGCUACAUUACACUAGCGCAAGCAAUCGGUAUGUCCAUGGGUGGUGCUCCAGCCGGUCCAGCGGGAACUGGAAAAACCGAAACCACAAAAGACAUGGGACGCGCUCUCGGUAAGCUGGUAGUUGUGUUCAACUGUUCGGAUCAGAUGGAUUUCCGAGGAUUGGGCAGAAUUUACAAAGGCUUAGCACAGUCCGGCUCGUGGGGAUGCUUUGAUGAGUUCAACCGAAUUGAGCUGCCCGUGCUUUCGGUUGCUGCUCAGCAAAUUUAUAUUGUUCUAACUGCUCGAAAAGAGAAGAGGAAAGAAUUCAUUUUUAGCGACGGAGAUACGGUGUCUCUCAAUCCAGAGUUUGGUCUUUUCAUCACCAUGAACCCCGGUUAUGCAGGAAGACAGGAAUUACCGGAGAACUUGAAAAUUAUGUUUCGAUCUGUUGCAAUGAUGGUUCCAGAUCGACAGAUCAUCAUGCGCGUCAAGCUGGCCAGCUGUGGUUUUAAGGACAACGUUAUUCUUGCCCGAAAGUUCUUCACUUUGUACAAAUUGUGCGAGGAGCAACUGUCCAAGCAGGUUCACUACGAUUUUGGACUGCGUAACAUCCUUUCAGUACUGCGAACCUUGGGUGCUCAAAAGCGUGCGAAUCCGAAUGACACAGAGGAAACAAUCGUGAUGCGAGUUCUGCGAGAUAUGAACGUAUCCAAGCUGGUAGAUGAAGACGAACCGUUGUUCAUCUCUUUGAUUGAGGAUCUUUUCCCGGGAAUCAAAUUGAGCACUUCAAGCUACAAAGACCUGCAGAGAGCUAUUGCUAACAGCGCCGAAGCGCUUGGAUUAAUCAAUCACCCGGAAUGGAAUCUGAAAGUGAUACAACUCUACGAAACAUCUCUCGUUCGACAUGGUUUAAUGACCCUGGGACCAACCGGAGCCGGAAAAACGCGCUGUAUUCAUACCUUACUGAAAAGCUUCACCGAACUUGGACUACCUCAUAAAGAAAUUCGAAUGAACCCGAAGGCAAUCACAGCUCCGCAAAUGUUUGGCCGGCUAGAUGUGGCCACAAACGAUUGGACCGAUGGAAUAUUCUCUACAUUGUGGAGACGAACAUUAAAAAUUAAAAAGACCGAGUUUGUUUGGCUCAUCCUAGAUGGACCAGUAGAUGCGGUUUGGAUUGAAAAUCUCAACUCAGUGCUAGAUGAUAACAAGACACUAACCUUGGCCAAUGGUGACCGGAUAACAAUGGCGGCGAACGCAAAGUUAGUCUUCGAGCCGGACAACGUGGAUAAUGCUUCCCCGGCCACUGUUAGUCGCAUGGGAAUGGUUUUCAUGAGUGCCUCGGUACUGAAGUGGGAGCCAAUUCUGAAUGGAUGGUUGAAAACGAAGCCAAGUGACAUUGCGGAUACGCUAAGGAAGUUCUUCCAUAAGAUUUACGACGAUCUGCAUAGUUUUGUACAGACGAAGUUGGCAGCAAAGAUGAAAAUUUUGGAGGCAAUCUACAUUCGACAGUGUUGCGAUAUUUUAGAAGGGUUAAUAACCCCUAAAGAAGAAGGAGCUCCGAUCGAGCUGUCUGACAAACACCUGGAGCGGUUGUUCCUAUUUUCGUUGAUGUGGUCUUUGGGAGCUGUUCUUGAACUAGAAGACCGAGAAAAGAUGGGAGAGUUUAUCGCCAAGCAUCAUUCUAAGAUGAAAUGGCCUAAGCUCCAACCCGGUGAGACAAUAUUCGAGUAUCUUGUGACCCCUCAGGGAAGCUGGCAGCACUGGAAUAAUCAAGUCGAAGAGUACAUUUAUCCAAGUGACAGUGUUCCGGAGUACGCUAGUAUUCUGGUUCCGAACGUAGACAAUGUUCGAACGGCGUAUUUGAUCGACCUUAUUGCCAAACAAUCCAAAGCAGUGCUCUUGAUAGGGGAACAAGGUACCGGUAAAACUGUAAUGAUCAAGGGCUACAUGCUUAACUAUGAUCCGGAAUUUCACUUGUCGAAGAGUUUUAAUUUUUCUUCCGCUACCACUCCCAAUAUGUUCCAACGCAUAAUCGAGUCCUACGUUGAAAAGCGAGUAGGAACUACCUAUGGACCGCCUCAACAGCGUCGUAUGUCAAUUUUCAUCGACGACAUCAACAUGCCAGUGGUGAACGAAUGGGGUGAUCAGGUUACCAACGAAAUUGUACGCCAGUUGAUGGAGAACACCGGUUUCUACUCCCUGGACAAACCCGGAGAUUUCAUGACAAUACUGGACAUUCAGUUGCUAGCCGCUAUGAUUCAUCCGGGAGGCGGACGAAACGAUAUUCCACCCCGGUUGAAGCGGCAAUUCUGUGUGUUUAACUGCGCGAUCCCUAGUGACAAGUCGAUGGAUAAAAUUUUUGGUGUUCUCGGUGAAGGUUACUUUUGCGAAUCCAGAUUUAUUGAACCGAUCGUAAAUUUUAUUCCGAAGCUCAUCCCACUUACGCGAAAGCUUUGGCAAGCCACUAAAGUGAAAAUGUUACCGACGCCAGCUAAAUUUCAUUACGUAUUUAACUUGAGAGAUUUGUCCCGAAUUUGGCAGGGUAUGUUAACGAUCAAAUCGGAGGAAUGUCAGACCGUCAAAACGGUGAUCAAUCUUUGGCGUCAUGAAUGCAUUCGGGUGAUAGCUGAUCGUUGUACCAACUUCCCGGAUCGUACCUGGUUUGUGGGCAAAAUGCGGGAACUUGCUGAAGAAUUGUUGGAUGAGGACGACAUGGAGAAUUACGAAGCGGAGGAAACCUUUUUCGUUGAUUUUCUCCGUGAUGCUCCGGACCCUACCGGCGAGGAAGGAGAAGAUGUAAGCUUAGAGCCACCCAAGUUGUAUGAGGAGAUUCCAAGCUUCGAAGAAACUACCGCUCGCGUAAAAAUGUAUAUGGAACAGUUUAACGAGCAGAUUCGGGGUGCAGCCAUGGAUCUUGUGUUUUUCCGUGAUGCUUUGAUACACUUAAUGAUCAUUUCUAGAAUUAUUAGAACUCCGCGAGGAAACGCUUUGCUGGUUGGCGUUGGAGGAUCCGGAAAACAGAGCUUAACUAGACUUGCCUCGUUCAUAGCCGGCUAUAAAAUCUACCAUAUAACUUUGACGAGAGCAUACAAUAUAAACAACCUUCUGGAUGACCUACGGUAUCUCUAUCGUGUUGCAGGGUUUGAAGGUCAAGGGAUAACCUUUAUUUUCACCGACAACGACAUCAAAGACGAAGGUUUCCUAGAGUACAUAAACAACGUACUCAGUUCAGGUGAAAUAGCAAAUCUCUUCCCGAAGGAUGAUCUAGAUCAAAUCACAAACGAUCUUAUACCGGUCAUGAAAAAGAUUGCCCCUAAACGAAUCCCAACGCAAGACAAUCUGUAUGAGUUUUUCAUAUCUCGAGCCCGAGCAAAUCUUCACAUUGUUUUGUGCUUCUCACCAGUUGGUGAAAAGUUCCGCAAUCGAUCGCUCAAAUUCCCGGGUUUGAUAUCCGGGUGCACCAUCGAUUGGUUCCAGCGGUGGCCGGAGGAUGCACUGAUAGCGGUUUCGAACCACUUCCUCAAGGACUACAGCAUUGUUUGCAAGCCGGAGGUAAAGCGUGAACUGAUCGAAAUAAUGGCAUUCGUGCAGGACCGGGUAGCCGAGGUGUGCAUGGAGUACUUCGAACGGUUCCGACGCCAAGCGCACGUUACUCCCAAGUCGUUCCUCUCCUUCCUCGAGGGCUACAAAGUGAUCUACAAGGAAAAGCACGACAACAUUGCGGUGCUCGCCAGCCGGAUGCAAACGGGUCUAGUGAAACUGGUAGAAGCCGCCGCUUCGGUUGACGUUUUGAGAGUGGAGCUGGAAGAAAAGGAAAAGGACAUCAUUUUAGCCACACAAGCCGCAGAAAUUGUACUUGCAUCCGUCACGAAGUCGCAAAACGAUGCUGAAAUAGUUAAAGCAGAAGUUUUGGUCGUGAAAAACAAGGCGGACGUUCUGGUGGAACAGAUUGCUGAGGAAACAGCAGUUGCAGAGGAAAAGUUGGAAGCUGCUCGUCCAGCGCUGGAGGCGGCUGAAGCUGCACUGAAAACUGUAACUCCAGCCGAUAUUGCUACCGUGCGAAAGCUUGGUAAGCCACCCUAUUUGAUUACACUGAUUAUGGACGUAGUGUUGGUUCUGUUCCGGAGACGAAUGGCUCCUGUGAAGCCCGAUCCCGAACGACAGUUUAUGUUCGCUUCCUGGGAUGCAUCAUUGAAGGUAAUGGCGGAUACCGGAUUUCUCAACAAGAUCGUUCGUUAUCAGGCGGACUUAAUCAAUGCGGAAACCGUAGAUUUGAUGAUACCUUACUUCAAGUAUCCGCUGUAUACGUUUGAGGCAGCUAAGGCAGCUUGCGGUAACGUUGCGGGUCUGCUGCAGUGGACCACGGCCAUGGCAAAGUUCUACGACGUCAACAAAGACGUACUCCCGCUGAAGGCAAAUCUUGCAAGACAGCAGAAGAAGCUUGACAUAGCUACUGUACAACGCCAGGAAGCUGAACAACUGUUACUAGCCAAAGAGGCUGAACUGGAGCUUGUCCAGCAAGAGUUCAACGAAGCUAUGUCCAAAAAGCAAGCUGUACUAGAUGACGCUAAGGUCUGCCAGGAUAAAAUGGAUGCUGCUUCGGCUUUGAUCAACGGAUUAGCCGAUGAACGAGUUCGGUGGACCGAACAGCUGUCACAGUUUAAGAGCGAAACUGAUCGUCUCGUGGGAGAUGUGCUAAUUUUAACCGGCUUUCUCUCAUAUACUGGCCCAUUUAACCAGGAGUAUCGGAUGGUUCUUCAAAAGUCCUGGCAACAUGAGCUGCAAAAUCGGAAGAUUCCGGUUUCGUUGAACAUAAGCAUAAUGGAAAAUCUUACGGAUGAUGCCACAGUUGGGGAGUGGAACUUGCAGGGGUUGCCAAACGAUGAGCUUUCAGUUCAAAAUGGUAUCAUUGUGACGAAGGCCGCUCGUUAUCCACUUCUUAUCGAUCCACAGUCUCAGGGAAAAAUAUGGAUCAAACAUAAGGAGAAAGAAUUUGGAUUAAUUGUCACUUCACUGGAGCACCGUUUCUUCCGAAACCACAUCGAGGAUUGUGUGUCACAGGGAGUUCCACUGUUGAUUGAGGACGUUGGCGAGGAGCUGGAUCCAAUAUUGGAUAACAUUUUGGAGAAGAAUUUCAUUAAGAUGGGCAACACCUACAAGGUGAAGAUUGGCGACAAAGAAGUCGAUGUGCAUUCGGAUUUCCGGCUGUACAUUACGACUAAGCUUCCAAAUCCGGUGUAUACUCCGGAAAUUUCAGCCCGAACAUCCAUCAUCGACUUUACGGUUACGAUCAAAGGUUUGGAAGAUCAACUUCUCGGACGAGUAAUUUUGACUGAGAAAAAAGAACUUGAAUCGGAACGAACAAACCUGAUUAAAGAUGUGACGGCGAAUCGUAGAAAAAUGCAAGAGCUGGAGGCUAAUCUGUUGCAUAAAUUGUCCACAACGCAGGGUAGUUUGGUCGACGAUGUCACGGUGAUUGUUGUUCUGAACACCAGCAAAACCACCUCCAUUGAAGUUCGUGAGAAGCUGAAAAUUGCACGUGAAACUGAAAUAAAAAUCAACAAAGCCCGUGAGGAGUAUCGUCCGGUUGCUACCAGAGGAAGCGUUCUGUACUUCCUAAUUUGCAGUAUGUCGAUGGUAAACUGUAUGUAUCAGACUUCGUUGGUACAAUUUUUGGAACGGUUCGACGUAUCGAUGGCUCGAUCUGAUAAGCACGUCGUAACUUCGCGGCGGAUAAGCAACAUUAUAGAAUACUUGACUUACGACAUUUUCCAAUAUAUCUGUAGAGGACUCUAUGAAGUUCACAAAUACCUGUUUGUGCUUCUGAUGGCUUUGAAUAUCGAUUUGGAGAAGAAAAAAAUUACCCAUCAUGAGUUCCAGACGUUCAUCAAGGGUGGUGCCGCACUGGACAUAAACACGUGCCCAGAGAAGCCGCAUAAAUGGAUCGUCGACACGGCAUGGUUGAAUCUGGUUCAGCUUUCCUCGCUGCAUCAGUUCAACGAAAUCGUCGAGCACGUACAAACAAACGAAAAAGGAUGGAAAAGUUGGUUUUCGAAAGAAGCCCCCGAAGAAGAGGUUAUCCCUGAUGGUUACAACAGCAUGGACGCUUUCCGGAAACUGCUACUAAUUCGGGCAUGGUGUCCUGAUCGAACGCUGUCCCAGAGCAGAAAGUAUCUGGCAAUGUCGCUGGGACAACGAUUUGCCGAUCCGGUCAUAAUAAAUUAUGACCUUAUGCUGGAAGAAAGCAGACCUUUAACCCCCUUGGUAUGCUUCCUUUCGAUGGGUUCAGAUCCUACCCCGAGUAUUGAAGCAUUGGCAAAGAAAAAUGCCAUCAAGUGUCGCUCCAUUUCAAUGGGUCAAGGUCAGGAAGUACACGCUAGAAAACUAAUUGCUACUUCGUUGGAGGAAGGUUCGUGGGUGUUGCUACAAAACUGUCAUCUUGGGCUGGAGUAUGUUACCGAAUUGAUGCUCCUAAUUAUGGAAAUGGAAAAAACCGGAACGGGUUUCCACCCUGAUUUCCGCGUGUGGGUUACCACUGAACCUCAUCCACAGUUCCCAAUUACGUUCCUUCAGAUGUCGAUCAAAUUUACGAACGAACCUCCUUCGGGAGUGAAGGCUGGGCUGAAACGAACCUACGGUUCCAUGACGAUCGAAAUGUUUGAAUAUAGCGAAUCGCCAUUCUAUGUUCCGCUUAUUUUCGCCAUCUCAUUCCUGCACACGGUUGUUCAAGAACGGCGGAAAUUCGGUCCUCUAGGGUGGAACAUUCCAUACGAAUUUAACUCGGCCGAUUGGCUGGCAAGCUGCAUGUUUGUUCAGAAUCACCUGGACGACCUUGAUCCGAAGAGAGGAAUUAGUUGGAAGACGGUUCGUUACAUGUUGGGGGAGGUUCAGUACGGCGGUCGCGUUACCGACGACUAUGACAAACGCCUGCUAAACACGUUUGCCAAGGUUUGGUUCUCCGAUAUGAUGUUCUUCGAGGAAUUCCGAUUCUUUCGGGAGUAUAAAAUCAUGAAGUAUAAGUCUCUGGAAGAGUACAUGGAAGCGAUCGAGCAGAUGUCGCUGGUGGAUCCACCGCAAGUGUACGGCCUACACGCCAAUGCUGAUAUUACCUAUCAAAGCAACACGACGACGGAAAUUCUGGAUACGAUCGUGUCUAUUCAGCCGAAAGAAUCUGGCGGAGGAGGUGGGGAAACUCGAGAAGCAACGGUGGCCCGGUUGGUCAAUGAUAUGCUGGCAAAGGUCCCGACACCGUACGACCAAUAUGCGGUUAAGGAACGACUGAAGAUAAUGGGUCAUUUGAGCUCAAUGAACAUUUUCCUAAGGCAGGAAAUUGAUCGAAUUCAAAAGAUAAUUCUCCUGGUGCGGACAACAUUGAAGGACCUUCUGUUGGCAAUCGACGGCAUCAUCAUAAUGAACGAACAGCUUCGCGACGCUUUGGACAAUAUCUAUGACGCACGAGUUCCGGAAAUUUGGAAACGUGGCAGUUGGGCUUCUGCUUCGCUGGGAUUUUGGUUUACCGAACUAAUCGAACGGAACAAUCAGUUCUAUACGUGGUGUUUCAAGGGUCGUCCGGUCAUGUUUUGGAUGACCGGUUUCUUCAAUCCUCAAGGUUUCCUAACAGCCAUGCGACAGGAAGUGGCGAGAGCACACAAAGGAUGGGCUCUGGACGUUGUGACGUUACAUAACGACGUUACCAAACUGCUAACCGAAGAAUGUAAACAAGCCCCCAAUGAGGGAGUAUAUGUUUACGGUCUGUACCUGGACGGAGCCGGCUGGGAUCGAAAGAAUAAUCGCCUUCAGGAGUCGAUCAACAAGGUGUUGUACACCGCAAUGCCGGUGAUACAUAUCUACGCUAUCAACUCGACGGCAGGGAAGGAUCCCAAGUUGUACGAGUGUCCUGUAUACAAAAAGGCCAACCGAACAGAUCUCAAUUACAUUACCCCACUGUGGCUGCCAACCGUCAAGUCUCCGGAUCACUGGAUAUUGCGCGGAGUAGCCCUGCUUUGUGAUAUCAAAUGA